AUGUUGACGUGUCAGCAUCAGCAUGUGCGAGAAGUGCCUGAGGUGUUGCAGUCAGGGAAUGUGGACAUCAUACUGGACUCUGGAGCCGAUGUCUCUGCUCUUCCCUUGUCCUUCGCCAAUGCAGGAGUGUCUGAUCCCCAUGCCCGAUCCGUCCAGUACACUGAUGCACAGGGUCAUCCCCUACGCGUGCAAGACACGAGGAUUGCUGAAGUCACCAUAGGACCACUGAAGUUCUACGAGAGGUUUGUGGUAUCAGGGGUUACCAGUCCUUUGGUUUGCCAAGGUAAGCUUGCAAAAGCUGGAUGGUUCGUGAAGCCCGAGUGUGAAGGCAUUUGCUUGACGGAUGCAAGUACGAGCAUUCCGAUUGGGUACAGGCAUCAGUCGUUUUGUGCACAAGGUUCCAUCCGCUUGCUGAGUCAAAGCGAGGCGAAAGGCUUGAGUUGCAGUGCCACCGGUGGAGCCAUGAAUCGUGUUCGAGGCUUAAUGCGAGGCAUGCCUAGUGGAGAAGGUGUUGCACUGUGUGAUCCCCAGGAAUCAAGCUCCACUCAGUCCCCGUGUUUCAGGACACUAGUAGGUGUUGAGAUGCCUAAUGGAGGAGGUGUUGCAGUGUGUGAUCCGCAGGGAUCAAGCUCCACUCAGUCCGUCUGCCCUAUUUCCACUGCAACUGGCAUCACCGUGUGUGCAUCAGGUCCAAGCAUCCGUGCAGUUGAGGUCGCAUUGCAAGAAGGCCUCCAUCAAUGGAUGCAAGGCGGGGAUGGACUCGUGUUGGCUGAGUGCUACGUACUGAAGUCCCAUACCAGUGAUGUGCGGAUUAGAUCCGACAAUGAACCUGCGAUGCUGAGUUUCGUCCACCACUUGCAGAAAGCCCUCAGAGGUUUGAACAUUGGCGUGUCCGAUGAAACGAGCCCCAUUGAAAGUCACCAAAGCAACGGAGCUGUUGAGCAGGCACUGAAGCAAGUGCGUCAGACUGCAUGUGUGCUUGUGUCACAGCUUGAAGAGGGUGCAGGAGUUGGCGAGGUCUUCAAGGUUGCCCAUCCGAUCUUCCAGUGGAGUGUUGUGCAUGCCUGUUGGGUCAUGAAUCGGCUAGUGCUUGCAAAGAGGGUUGCACCUCCAGUGCCCGAGCAAAUCGCCUUGCCUGAUGCCAUUGCCCCCGUUCCGAUCGUCCCGGCAUCACCACAGGAUGUAGCAGCAUCUGAUCCCACCAGCUCAUCAGCAGCUUCAACGGUUGGAGCGAGUGAUGUGACCAUGGAUUCAUUCGCCACGGCCGUAGCGCAUUCCCAUGCGCCAAGCAUGCAUGAUGGUGUGAAUGAAGUGGUGCCUGGAAACCUGGAGACAUCGCCGCCAGCCCAUGGCGGGGUAGUGUCAAGGUUGAUAUGCCUGCCUGACUUGCCCUCUGUAUGCCGCGUUGCUGACCGACCUUGGUCAGAUGGUCAAAAGAACAUGGUGUACGAGCAUGAGGAUGAGAACCCUGAGCUGUGCUUUGAUGAAGAUAUCAUCGAAUCCUUGGAGGAAGCUGAGUUCGCCGAUGAACCACAGGAUGAUGCGCCAGUCGAACUGAGUGAGCUAGAGCGAAAGCUUAUGUUUCCACGGGAAAGUGAUGACGAGCCAAGCAUGUUGCCAGAUGAGCUCGCUGCAUUGGAUGCAGUUGCUGAAACCGUGGAGAUAAUGAGGUUGCAGAAGCUUGGUGUUCUCUUGAACCCUGAGUGCCUGGGGCACUUACCGCAUGAUCAAGUGAAGAGGCUCUCGACCCGCAUGGUGUAUGACUGGAGAGCAAAGCAGUUUGAGGGUGCAAAAGUCUGGUUGAGGCGUGCUCGCUAUGUAGCCCGAGAGUAUGCCUGGCUUUCGGAAAGGUCUGAUACCUUUGCACCUGCCUCAAGUUCCAUGCUGCAUAGGUUGUUGCCAAUCUUGUAUGCCACAAGUGAUCGGCAGGGGAGGUGUCUUGUAGCCAUAGACAUAUCAGAUGCGUUUUUAACGGUGGAUCAAGUAACACCUACCCUGGUGACGCAUCGUGCUCCAGACGGCACCGAAACCGUCUACGCCCUGGGAAAGGUGCUACCUGGCCAACAGGACGGCAGCGAGAGUCCCAACCUGGAGAGCGUGUUGCAAGUGCACGUAGACGAUGUGUUGUCGUUUACUGACACCGUGUAUGCAGAGAGAGUUCUGAAGCCUGCCUUGUUGAGCAAGUACAAGAUCAAGUUCGAGAUGUUGUGCGAUCCCGGGGAUUGCAUUGAAUUCUUGAAGCGGAAGUUGCAUCUGAUCGGCCCGGAUCAGUUGCUGAUCACACCGCAUCCAAAGUAUCUUGAACGCCUGUGUGAAUUGCUGCAAAUUCGCACCCAAGCCAUCAAGAAGACACCCAUGUUGGCAGACCUUGAAAAGCUGGAUCCCACGCCAGCCCUGGAUCCAGUCGGCGUGAAAGUCUACAGGAGUGCCGUGGGAAUACUCUUGUAUCUCGCUCAUGACCUGGUAGAAUGCCAGUGCACGAUAAACAUGUUGGCUUCGAAGAUGUCGUGCCCGACACAAAUGAGCAUGAAAGGCUUGCGUCACCUUGUGUUGUACAUGCAGGGAACGUGCAAUGAGGGCAUCAUGCUGAGCAAGAAAGAGCAUGGUGUUGGCUUGAUCGGGGAGCAGCAUGGUGUUGCGCCUCUUCUUGAGUCGUUCUCAGAUGCCAAUUGGGCAAGCAACCAGGUGACACGCAAGUCGAUAUCAUCAGGGGUCCUGGCAGUCAACGGAAAUGUCUUGAGCACCAGCUCCAAGAGCCAGCGCGUCAUUGCAUUGAGCUCAGGGGAAUCUGAGCUGCUAGCAUCAGCCAGUGUCGUGUGCGAUGCUAUGCUCACACGUGUAUGUUUAGGAUUCUGCUAUGGCAUGCAGACCUUGCCAUCCGUGUUCCACCACGUGGACAGCGCCGCUGCCUUAGGAGCCUUAAGGAGGCAGGGAGUGGGGAAGAUCCGCCAUCUUUCCACUAGGAUACUUUGGCAGCAGUCUUUAACGAAGUCCCAGGUGCUCAUAACCCUGAAGGUGCCGACGGCCGUGAAUGUAGCAGAUCUUGGCACUAAGGGUUUAUCCCGAAACAGGACGUUGAUGUUAAAAUUCAUGCUAUCCGUGUAUGACGCAGAGGCCGGAGCAGAUGUCGGAGAAAGCGAGUAUGCCGACCACAUCCAGCGUGACGCAGCGCGAUUGGCGGUGCGUAGGAUCAAGCAGUCUGGUGGGUCAGGUGUCUCCAAGCAGAUGAUUCGCCAGAUAGUCAUCGCAACAUUGUGCAUCGAACAUGCAGUGGCUGCAUGUGAGUCAGACGCCUUGGGCCCAUGCCAUGGUACGACCCGGAUGAGUUUGAUGGUUCUUGUGUUGACAGCAGUGGCUGUUGCCUGCAGUCUGCAGGGCUGCUACAGCCGUGAGCAGUUCGCGUCAUUGUGGAUUACCAUCAACCUGCCCCGAAUCCUUUUGAGUGCAAUUUUCUUGCUGAUUAAUAGGCUUUUGGGUAUAGUCCUUGAUACCGAUGCUUUUAAUUGCCUGGUGCAGCGCGUGACCGCAAUCGCUCAGCCUGAGUCUGAGCCCACAAGCCCAAGUGGUUCAAUGCCCAGUCUUGAAACAGUGUCAUCCGAGGAAGAAGAUCUUGCAGAUGCUCAUGAUGAGAGUGGUUCAGAGCACAACCAAGGGCCAGCCGGGCCUCGUGCGUAUGAGCCAGAGCCUCUGGAUGGAGACUUCGAAGGGGUCGAGACAGAGCCUGCUAUACUGGCAGGAGACAUCGAGGACAUCGUGAUCCCAGAUGAUCAGGUGGAACUGCAGCCCGUCGUGCAUUUGCCCGCGUUCCUACGAUUGCAAGGUGGAAUGGUGUGGUAUGUAGCGCCAAUUAGUGGUCGCCGGAUCCAUGUGUAUCUGUGUAUCGCAACUGUGAUGGUCUGA